AGCGCGGAGCCCCUGCACGCCGCGACUGCUCGAUCGGGGCCGCGGCGGCCGGAGCGACCGCCCGAGCCCUGUCCCGGGAGCGACGAUGAGGGGCAUCCCGGGCUUUAAGCGGCUGCGGCUCAAAAUCUGGCGGCGAUGCACCCUGGUGCUCCUCCUCCUCUGGGCUGCCUGCUGGAUGGUGGUGAGCGCCUUGCUCUUCCUCCUCCACAGGAGCGUUUUCUCCGAGCGCUGCACCGACGAGAAAAGCCACCGGAUCCUGGCGAGGCUGUGUCUUGACUACAGCAGCGGAGCCCUGACUGGCGACCUCUGUGAAGAUCUGUGUGUGGCACAGAAGCUGGUGUACAAACACUGCCUUUACUAUGACAGAGGUAAGAAGGUCAUCCAGGCUGACUGGAGAGGCCAGCCCAUCAUCCUGAAAUCCAAAAAGGAAAUCUUCUCCAGCUACCAGCACCUCAGUAUGCUAGAGGAGGUGGAAAUGCAGGAUAUUCCUGAAACGGAGCUUCUGCUAAUGGUAGCUUUGGAGGUCAAAAAUGUCCUGGGGCUAGAACUGUCUAACACUACCAUAGGGCCCUUGUGGACAAGGAAGAAGGGACCACAUUGGAAAGCACAGGUGGCCAGCAUGUGGUCCUUGCUCCAGCAGGAAGAAUACAUCUACUUCAGUUUGCUGCAGGACUUCAGCAAACACGUGCUGCGAAUUAUUGGCUCUUGUGGACACUUUUAUGCUGUGGAGUAUCUCACGGCUGGACAUGCCUGGCACAAAACUCUUUUUCCCUUGGAAAACAUGGUCAAUUCCUCCCUUGCUGGCCACAGAAGCAGGGUGAGAGCCAUCAUUGACAUUGCACUCAGCUUUCUCGACAUGGUGCAGCAUUUUGAUAAUGAUUUUUCUCACCGACUUCACCUGUGUGACAUCAAACCAGAAAACUUUGCUAUCAGGCACGAUCUCACGGUGGUGGCCAUUGAUGUGGAUAUGGCCUUUUUUGAACCCAAAAUGAGGGACAUCCUCGAACAGAACUGCACAGGAGAUGAAGACUGUAAUUUUUUUGAUUGCUUUUCAAAAUGCAAUCUGAAAAUCAGAAAAUGUGGAGCGCAGAGAGCCAAUAACAACUUGCAAGUAAUUUGUGACAAAAUAUUCCGUCACUGGUUUUCCCCAAAUCCCAGAGGACGGUUGGUUUCCUUCCCCCUGCAGCUGCAGCUGCAGAAGGCUGUGCAGGAGUGUGCCGAGCUGGGACACUUGGACACUGCCGGGCAUCAGAGGACUCUGAAAUCUCUCUCCGAACUGUACCACCUGCUUCGGGUCACUCAGCAAGAACUGCAAAGGGCAGAGUAGACACAAAAGAUGGAACUGCAGGGGCCACUUCCCAGCCAUUGCUAAGGGAUGCUGUAUGUGAAGCAGUCUAUGUUUUCUUUUUCUCUCUUCCCUCGCUCCUGCCCAUUGGAUUACAUCUGCAGCACAGAGAAUGUUUUUCUCCUAUGCAAAUGAUAUUCAAUGCUGCAGGUGCAGCACGUCCUGUUAAUAUCCUUUCAAGUGUGAAAUUGUUUUACAUUACAUGGAUUCUGUUCUUGCUCAUUUUCCUGAGCUAGGCUAGCCCUCUCCAUCAGCAUUCAGCACAUAAUUUCCUUACCAAGAGCUGUAGUCACUACUCAGAAGGCAUAUAUGUCUGAGUAUGGUGCUCACAGUGGGGAUGCAUUUACAGAAGAAAAGUCUUAAGUGCAGCAAAACUACUCUCAAUAAUUAAAAUGGUGGGUGUGGAUAAGUAUAUGCACAGUGUUUGUUUUCAU